GUGGUUUGAUGGGACCGGUCAGGAUGAUCUCAUCCGGUCAUGAACUGACCACCGACUACGAUGAGAAGACUCUGCAUGAGCUGGGCUUUAAAGACAUGCAGAUGGUGUUCGUGUCUCUCGGAGCUCCUCGGAGGGAGAGGAAGGGCGAAGGCGUCCAGCUUCCUGCUUCCUGUCUGCCCCCCCCCAGAAGGAGCACAUCCCCAUGCUGCUGCUGCUGCAGGAGCCGCAUCUCACCACGCUGUUCGACCUGCUGGAGAUGCUCGCCUGCUUCAAACCGCCGAGCCCGAAUACUGAGAAGGUUCAUGACAGUCCAGAGACCGCUCGCUGCGAGGAGCUUCACCUCCACGCUGAGAAUCUGUCCCGGCGGGUUUGGGAGCUGCUGAUGCUUCUUCCUACAUGUCCCAAGAUGCUUCAGGCUUUCCAGAACAUCUCAGACGACGCGAACGGAGAGGGUCUCUGCUGGAAGGAGCUGCUGAGGAUUAAAAGUCCUCACAAGCUUCUUUACGCUCUGGAGAUCAUCGAAGCUCUGGGGAAACCUAACCGACGCAUCCACCGAGAGUCCACCGGCAGCUACAGCGAUCUGUAUCCCGACUCAGACGACUCCAGCGAGGAUCAGAUAGAAAACAGCAAGAACACCUGGAGCUGCAAGUUCGUGUCCUCUGGAGGUCUGCAGCUGCUGUUGGAGAUCUUUAACUCCGGGAUCCUGGAGCCCAAAGACCAGGAGUCCUGGACUGUGUGGCUGCUGGACUGCCUGGCCUGCCUGCUGAAGCUGAUCUGCCAGUUUGCGGUGGACCCAGCGGACCUGGAUCUGGCCUACCACGAUGUGUUCUCCUGGUCCGGCCUCGCUGACAGCCAGAGGAAACGAGCCUGGCCCGGGAAGUCCCGCAAGUCUACGGUGGACCACGGCAAGGGUCUGCACAUCCCCCGACUCACCGAGGUCUUCCUGAGUCUGGUCCAGGGAACCAACCUGAUCCAACGUCUGAUCAACGUGGCGUACACGUACGACAACCUCGCUCACAGAGUUCUCAAAGCUCAGUCUGAUCACAGGUCUCGGCAUGAAGUGACUCACUACUCCAUGUGGCUGCUGGUGAGUUGGGCUCACUGCUCGUCUACGGUGAAGUCCAGCCUGGCCGACAGCGACCAUCUCCACGACUGGCUGAAGAAACUCACUCUGCUGGUUCCUGAGCCGGCGGUGAGACAUGAAGCGUGUAACGGACUCUACAAACUGUCUCUGUCGGGUUUGGAAGGAGGAGAGUCCAUCAACAGGUCCUUCCUGCUGCUCGCUGCUUCUACACUGCUCAAGUUCCUGCCUGAUGCCCAGGCCCUCAAACCACUGAGGGUGGAGGAUUAUGAAGAGGAGCCUCUGUUAAGAACCGGCUGUAAGGAAUACUUCUGGCUUCUCUGUAAACUCAUCGACAACAUCCACGUUAAAGACGCCAGCCAGAAGGUCUCUCCCUCUCUGUCGCUGGCCGGCUCGAUGCAGACCACGCUGCUGGACCUGGACGCUCUCGCUCGUCACCUGGCCGACUGCAUCCGGAGCCGUGAGAUCCUCGACCAGCAGGACGGCGCCAUCGAGGACGACGGACUGACGGGCCUCCUGCGUCUCGCCACCAGCGUCCUCAAACACAAACCUCCCUUCAAGUUCUCCCGCGAGGGUCAGGAGUUCCUGCGCGACGUCCACAACCUGCUGUUCCUCCUGCCGAGCCUGGCCGACCGCGCUCAGCCCAAAUGCAAGUCGCACGCCGCCCGAGCCGCCGCCUACGACCUGCUGGUGGAGACGGUGAAAGGCUCGGUGGAGAACUACCGGCUGCUGCACAACUGGGUGAUGUCACAGCACAUGCAGGCGUCUCACGCUCCGUAUAAAUGGGACUACUGGCCUCACGAUGACGUUCGAGCCGAGUGUCGCUUCGUUGGUCUGACGAACCUCGGAGCCACGUGUUACCUCGCUUCUACCAUCCAACAACUCUACAUGAUACCUGAAGCUAGGCAGGCUGUCUUCACUGCUAAG